UCAUGUGGUCCCUUACCUUGACGUGACCAUUUUCAAAAUAGCUAAGCAUGCAAAGCCCAACAGCCAUCAAUGAUCGAACAUUCGCUCAAACCAGCCAGUUAAAAUUACUCUCUGGCCCUGGAUUGACGUCCUGCCUUCUCUCGUCAUCGCUGAUAAAUUGAGGAAUAACUUAUGCAGCGUCGGGUACGACUUGAAGUGCAGGGAUUCAGAACAAAGUUCUCUAUAGCUGAUAUCAAUGCAGGGUCCCGCGGAUCGCGUCUCUGCAAAUCAGAACGAAGGCAUCUCCGCAGUCGCUGGGCUCCCGUGUGUUAGUGUGGAAACUACGGGUGGAUCUGCUGCUUUCUGAAUGUUGACAUUAAAAAUGAAAGCGAGUGAGAGAUUCUGAAGUCAAAGGGAGAUGGAGAGGCUGCUUAUUUGAAUGUGGAGGCGGGACAGGUUUGUACUGGUUUCCCGAGAGCCCGGGAGCGAGGAGGUGAGAACUGCAGUUGAAGAACGGGCUGAAACCUCCCAAAUAGGAGGGCGGCAGCUCCCACUGGCGCCCCCUCGAAUUUAUCGGAUUUCCGACUAAAAGUGAAUUAUAACCCCUGAGCAAGAAAAUGAAAUUGGAAAGAGUCCCUCGGUUCCUGUCUGUGGUGAUAUUCAUCUUACAGGCGGCGGGAACUGAGGCUGUUUCAGGCUGCGAAGGUCAAAACUGUGAAGAUAAAGAUACUUCCGACUCCGCUGUUCAGAAACACACAGAAAAAAAUCACAGAUCUUCUUUAAGACACUUUAAUCACUUUAACAAACAGGCGGAAGACCGAAAAUCGCGAAGCCAUGAAGCGGUCAUACCGUUCAUUGGAUUAACGGACAGCAGCAGGCUAAACAAGAGUUGCUGUCAGAAUGGAGGAACCUGUGUACUUGGCAGUUUCUGCAUUUGCCCCAAACAUUUUGUGGGGAGAAGUUGUGAAUAUGAUGAGCGCAUUAGAAACUGUGGCUACAUUCCCGAAGGAGCAUGGGUGCCUAAAAACUGUACAUGGUGUAAGUGUAGCUAUGGGACUUUACACUGUGUUCGUGGAUCUCAGAGUGACUGUGAUUUUAAAGGAGAUUUAAAAGAAGAUCUCAGACAUUACCAGUUAAUUUCAGAUGGUUCUCAGCUGUUGCCAAUAAGAUGCUUACUGUUGCCUGGGAUAUUCUUAACGACUGUGAUUCUUGGACUUUUACCUUUGAAUGUAUGGUCUGACAAAUUAGAAAUAGUUCAUGGAACAUUUUAAUUGUGUUCCAGAUAUUCCAGAGAAUUAAUCCUCAUCCAUGAGAAGAUGCUGCUGUGAUAUUAAUAGUAGUUCACCUUUCAAUGGAUUCUUACUAUUAUUUUCCAAAGCACUAUAUCAGCUUUAUCAUGAAAAGAUUAUGGGUACAGGGUAUGUUUGUGACAGACUUUAAGUGCACCUUAUAUGUGAGGUAUUGACUUAGUACAGUAAAAUAUAGUGUUUGUUUCAUGAUAUCUUCAUUGAUUUGCAACAACAUAAAGAUAGGCGAGAAGGGAGUGCUGCAAUGAUUCAAUCAUGUGAUAUUGAAGAGAGAAUAUUGUUCAAGACAGCCUUGAGCAGAUUAACAGUUUAAUGAAAAUAGCAUUAAGCCCUUUCCUAGUUUUAUUGUUCAAGGAAUCUGCUUGUUAGAUUGUUGGAUAAUAUUGUCAAUGAUAACCUUAAAAUGUUAUUUAUGUUGUAUAUAAUUUCUUUUAAAAAUAUGAAGUUAUGCAAUAAUAUAAUUGUA